AUGGCUUUGGAUAACAACGUUCCACUAUUGUUGACACAAUCAUUUCUUGAUCUUCGUGACGAGUGCUAUUCCCUCAUGGACAAAAGAUUUACGAAUAACAAUCGUAUACCAAAAAACACGACAAUAUACGCCUACGCCAAACUAUUCGCACAAUUCUGCUUAUUAUCUGAAGAAUUGGAGAGGUGGCUUAAGAGGGUUUGUAAAAUGGCUUUCAAAGGACGUUUGGCCUAUGGUAGUCGUUCAGAAUCUUAUAUGAAUCAGAAUUACCUUGGAUGUAUUAACAAUCGAGACGUUGACCUUAAUCGUUUACGUUCCCUGGCCAACCAGCUUUUGGUUAUGUCCGGAAAGACCUCUGAUUCCGCAACUGAAUCAGUGGAAGAUUUUCUUGAGGUCAAUAUUUCCAGUAGACUUCAAGAAAUCGAAACCAUAUGGAGUGAUAUUACAAGUCUCGUUCAACCGAUGAGCUUAUUUCACGACCCAUCACGUACAAUAAAAGAUGUUGAACUGGACGUUCAAGAAACUGAGGCUAAGCUUCGCUCAAUCAGUAGAAGAACUUUUGACCUACAGACCGUACUAACGAAGUCGAUCAGAGGAACAUGUGACCUGAAUUCAGAUAUAAGUGUACUCGAGGCGGAGCAUAUCUCUCUCAAAAGAUCUAUGCAAACGCUGUCCGCCGCUAGCUGUUUACUUUCACAGCUCCAUAUGUUUAGUAUCGAAAAUAAUCUGCUUUCAUAUGGAGGGGAAACUUUUGAUUUGCUUAUCUGCAAACUUACUGAGAAUAUCGACAAGUUAACUUACAGAGGCUGGUCUCUUUGGUGUAUGCACCUGGAGUUACUUGAACGCUGGAAGUAUUUAUCUAAAGGUCAAAGUUCUUUUGAAAAUCUGAAUUUUGAUGUGAACAAUCGGAUCGAUUAUUCGACUUCCAGUGUAUAUUCACUGUGUUGUUCAGAAUCAGGAUUUGCGAGUGAUGCUGACCAAUUCCUAACUUGUCAAGCAGCAGAUCAAUUAGGUUUAUCUAAUUCUAAUUUUGUUAUUUCUGAUUUAUUGACUACAAAGUCCGAAAAUAGAAAAUCCUUUUCUUCUGUAAAUGAUAAUAUUCUUUCUCAAUCCUCGGACUGUUUAUGGACUUCCAAUACAGAUUCAAAUGAUUCAGAGGCAAUCAGUGAUACACCUUCUGGUUUAUUCCAUGAAAUUUAUAAUCGUACGCCAACUAAAUUGGUCAGUUCUUCUAUGGAGCCUAAUGGGAAGAGUGACGAUAAUGAUAAUGACAAGGCUAAUAAAUAUAAAUACUCUGCAAAACAGUCCAAAUGUCCGUUUGAUAUUUGUUUCGAACAAACAAAUUCCUUAGAAGAUUUUAACCAUGAUAACCUGAGCAUGCAUGUAGUAGAUCAUCAUUAUUUGGGUUCUCUUUAUUCACGUUUUCAUUCAAGUGAUUCUGGAUUGAAACGCAAAUGCUCUUCUGCAAAUCGAAUUCGGCUUACUUCUUGGAGUGGAGAAGAUAUAUUUAAGAUGCCCAUUGGUAUUUUUUCCUCAAAGGAUCAUCAACGUCUCCAAUUCAUAGCAACAUAUGGUUUUUCUUCCCCUGGCACUUUAACUAGUCCUAAACAAUACAGUUAUAGAAAGUUACGAAGAAAUUCAUUUUCGUCUUUGUUACCCCGUAUAGAUCACCAUUCAAAUCCAAAUACUGUUGAUCUACGUGAAACAGCAAAUUAUAAUUUGAAUGGCACUACCUGCUCAGAGUUAUUACCAACUACCGAAUUCAAGUCAAAUCUAUAUCGUUCCAAUUCUCAACAAUCCCCUGAUCUUUUAUCAAUAAUUAUUCCUCCGGAUAAUUCAAACGAUAAUCAUAGUAACAAUAGUAAUAAUAAUUCUGAACAUGUUGAAAUAUCAAAGAACUUUAAUCAUGUUCAUAAGGAGCAUGGUCUUGUGUAUGGUAUCCAUGUUCAUUUCGAUGAAAAACUCUCUACCAUUCAUAGAGACGAUAAUAAUGCUGAUGGACUGGAAUGGGAUGAUUUGGGUGAUUUACAAAUUGCAAAGUCUGAUUCCCCAUCACUGUUGCCAAGUAAUGAAUCAGCCGACACAUUGAAUGGAUCUAUUCUUCCCUGCUCGCCACUUACCCUUGCUGCUGAGGCUUUAGUUUCUCCUCGUUUUCAGUUAACUGAAUCCCACGUUCAGCAUCUCAGUCAAAUUGUUAACUCACAACAAAAACCUCACGCAGAGGUCUUUUCACAUCCCUCACAUCAUUCAGAAAUUUCCAUACUAAUAAACAAUUUAUCUGUCAGUCAAAAUAAUUCUUAUUCUCCAGAAUCAGUGAAAUCCUGGGAACAAACUAUUGAGGUACAGAAGUGCGAUUCGUCUUGUGCUAAUAUUGAUUUUCUUGAAUUGCAUACACCUGCACAUCCUGAUACAAUAGUAAAUAAUAACGAAGCAUAUCGUUACAUUCGGGGCAACAAUAAACGUACUAAAUUAGGAGCUGCUUCUGUCAUGGAUUUGCCCGAUAGUUCGUUGGUAAAGGAAGCUGAUAUUCUCCCUCUUUUAACGUCAAUACGUCGGGACGCGUUUCCACUUAUUAAACUAUUAUUACGUUUAGAAGAAAAAUCUGUGACUGGACUUUUGGAUUCGGAUUUGCAAGUUAAUGAAAAUCCAUGCUCACAAAAAUUGGAGGACGAGCGUCGACAACUGGAUAUUGAUAAAAGUUAUCUCACGCAUUAUGGUAAACGUCUUACUCAGUGGACUUAUACUAUGGAUAAGUUAUUGGAUUCUUUUCGACCUGAGGAAGCAGACUAUAAGACACAAUCACAAACUUCAUUAUCAAUCGCUUUAAAUACAUUUGGUGAUUGGUUAUUAGCUCUUAAGGCAAGACAUACUAUGGCUUUUUGGGUUGUAAAUUGGCGUUCAUCUAUGUUUGAUCAUUUGGUGGGAGAAAGCUAUGACGCAAAUGUAUCGUUGUUGGGCAUGAAACAACGUGUUCAGACAGCGAUUCAUAGAGCGCAGGCGGUAUUGAAACCACUUCUACAGUCUUAUGAUGAGUUUACGUCAUCUACUGAUAAUAUUGACCACUGCUUAAAUGAAAUACAUUCUGAUCUUGGUGUAAUUUCAACCUAUUCAUCCAACGAGUUCGUAAACACUUUAGAAGAACUGCGUGAUUUAAAUGAAAAUCUAUGGACUAUCCAGUCACGUUUGGGUUCAUGUUACUUAUUCAAUGACUUCUGGAAAUUUUCCUGUAAAUCAAACAUUCUUGUACAGCAUGAUAGUCAUGAUCAUCAUGGUAAAGAAUUGGAUGUCAAUAUAUCAAAAUGCUCCAUUACCAAUUUAAUUCAUUUUUCUUGUGAGCUUCGUCAGAAAAUUCUAACUAUGAUUCGUGAUUUAGAAUCGGCAAUAAUUAACAAAUCAAAUGCAAUUAUAGUUAAAACAAAACACUUGUCAAUUUGCCAUGCAAAACAACACUUAAUUGAUUCAACUAUUCCUUUUAUUGUAGAAAAAGACAAAGAAGUGAUUGACAGUAUGAUCUCAUCAAAUGACUCGAUACAGUUGGACAACUAUUAUCUCGAUACUGCAGUUGGUCAUUUACGCUCACGUUCUUUUCACGGUUCACUGUAUUACACACUUUUCUCACAAACUUAUUCUAAUAUUUUACCACAUUUUAUAUUCAGUAUCGAUAAACGGUCAUUCGGAAGAUGCCUCUUAAUCUUUUUACUUAUUUCUAUUGUAUUUAUUCUAUUUGAAUCGUUCUUUGGUGAACGAUCCAUAAUUUCGCUAAAGUCUCUUGGUAAUGGUUGUCAUAGUGAUGGUCCGGUCGUUGAACUAAGCACAAAUCAUUUAGUGAAAUUCCUUACCUGUUUUCAACUUCCCAAUUCAAACAAUGUGAUUUGGUAA